GAGUGUUUGUGUGUUAGUCGGCGUUGUUCGAUUUCAUUGUCAUUGGUCAUCUCGUCAAUCAAUAGUGUCUUGAGAAACAAUAAAUUUGUAAACGAUUUUUUUUUCAUAUCCAUAACAGAUAAGUUCAAACGCCAAAAUGGUUGAAAACAAUGGCAUCGAAUUAACAGAAGAUGAGGCCGAAUUAUACGAUCGUCAAAUAAGACUUUGGGGUUUGGAUUCGCAGAAACGAAUACGGGCAGCACGCAUCUUAAUUUGUGGCUUGAACGGAUUGGGCGCUGAAGUUGCGAAGAAUAUAAUUCUUUCCGGUGUAAAGUCGGUGACAUUGUUGGAUGAUAAGCCAGUAUCAGAAAUCGACUUUUGUUCACAGUUUCUGGUUCCGCAUGAAAGUGUUGGACUGAAUCGUGCAGAAGCUUCUUUGUUCCGUGCUCAGGCCUUAAAUCCAAUGGUCGAAAUUGUUGUGGACAAAGAAAAUGUCAGCGAAAAACCAGACGAAUAUUUCCACCGAUUCGACGUUGUCAUUUUGAUUGAAACGCCAACACCAAUUUUGAUCCGUGUCGACAACAUUUGUCGCCUGAAAGGCAUCAAAUUUUUCGCUGGCGAUGUCUGGGGCAUGAAUGGGUACACAUUCACCGAUCUACAGGAACAUGAAUUUUCAGAAGAAAUCACCAAGCACAAAAUUAUUUCAGAUGGAGCUGAAAAACCGAAAAGAGAAACCGUUAAGUCAAAUGUUAUGCGAACACUCGCGUUCCCACCACUACAGGAUGUAGUUGAUUUUGAUUACACUGCUCCAUUCUUCGCUCGUAAAUUGAAGCGUAAUGGGUCAUCUUAUGUCAUCACUAAGAUUUUGCAACGAUUCCGUGACACCGAACAGCGUGAUCCUCAGCCAAGCACUCGAAAUGAUGAUCUGCACAAAUUACUUGCUAUUCGUGAUGAAAUUGCCAAGGGACUAGUACCAGACACAGCAUUCGUUCACGUUUUUGCCCAGGUUUCGCCGGUUGCAGCCAUUGUGGGCGGUGAGCUAUCGCAAGAGGUGAUUAAGGCCGUUUCGCAAAAGGAAGCACCACAUUUGAAUGUCUUUCUCUUCGAUCCAGUAAAAUGCUGCGGAUUCGUUGAACCAAUUGCUGUCUAAAUGAGAUCCAUUUAAUCAUUCAUACGACCAAAACAGAAAACAACCGAGCAAAAAUAAACCAUGUAUGUUUUGUGGAUCAAAAAUUGUCCUCAAAAGCAUUAAAAUAUCAUGAUUUAAUCGAAUAAAUUCUUUUCAUAUUCAACAAA